GCGGAUACCGGUGCAGUCUAUGCCCACACAAGUUCCCCGAAUCCUCUGAACUAAAAACUCACUUUUCGAACCGACAUCGCAACGUAGACUUCAUAAUGCGACUACAGGCGGGCAUGUUUGAACGAUCCACGAAACUAGACGUCACAUUUCUCCGCUGUUCACUUUGCAACGUCGAGCUAGACAAAUUGGACGACUUGAAAGCGCAUUUGCAAAUGGAACACGGCAAGGUUAUCCACAACGAUGUUACAAACUACAUGGUGCCAUUCAAGUUUGAGAAGCCAGGGUUCCAUUGCGUGGAAUGCGCGGCGGAAUUCGGAGAAUUCAAGCCGUUGUUCGAACACAUGCACCACCACUACCGAAACUAUGUCUGCGAUCAGUGUGACGCCGGCUUCGUCACUAAAAACGCUAGGAACUCGCACCAAGCGAGACACGGAUACGGCACGUAUUCGUGCUUACAGUGUGACAAGACGUUUCCUAGCGCGCAGCAUCUGAGCUCCCACGUGACGAGAGUCCACGAUAAAGUCAAGAUGUCCCGUUGCCAUCUUUGCUUGGAGAAAUUUACCGAUAUCUUUAAAAAGGCGCAGCACACUGAAGAAGUCCAUGGCAUAGUACAGCCGAAAGCCGUCUGCAGCGCGUGUUCAAGGGAGUUUAAGAACCACAGGAGUCUAAAGAUCCACGUCAAACGGGACCACCUGAUGGAGAGGCGGCAUAAAUGCGAGUUUUGCGAGAAAGCGUUCUACACGGGCAGCCAGUUGAAACACCACGCUAUAAAACAUAUUGACGCGCCGAAGAGCUUUAAAUGCUCGAUGUGUCCGAAAGCGUAUGACAGGAGAAAGACGCUGAUGAAUCACAUGCGGUCACAUACGGAGCUACUGCAGUUCCAUUGUCAAAUGUGCGACAAAGAGUUUAUGAGCCAAGUGGGCGUGGACUAUCAUGUGAAAAUGAAACACUCAGCUACCUCUUCCUAAGUUAUUGUCAGAUUGAUAAUAAUAGUUUGAAAUGUUUACACAUAAAAUUAUUGUAAUUAUUACUAGGGCUAAUUAAAUAAUAGA